UCUCAGCGUGAAUUUACAAAGAUGCGCAUUUUGUGUUUACAGUGAGCAAGGAAGAGACGUUGGAGCAAGGCUUUGCCGAGAGACCUUGCCUCGAAGUAAAUUUUUCUGCAGUAUGGAAUCAGAGGACGAAGGAGGAAGUCCCGCUGCUGCUAGGCCCGACUCGGAUAAUGAGUCAGUUAAAUCUGCUGCAUCACGGACGUCUAGGGCGUCUCGGGCAUCUAGGGCCUCAAGGGCAUCACGAGCCUCAUCAAGAGCCUCACGCAGAUCGAGUGCCAGUAGCCGUGGAAACAACACUGACGAUGAAGCUGAUCAAAGAUCUGGUGGAGGAAGUGACAGUGAGGUAGAAGAGAGGCGCUCUGUUAUGGAUAGCGAUGAUGAGGAAGCGAGUCCAGGAAAGAAUGGUCCCAAGUCUCCAGCAGGAAGUGAUGACCAGAAACAGCAAAUUACUAAUGAAGUCUUUGGCGGCUCAGACUCCGAAGGAGAGGGUGGAAAGAAAGGGGGAAGUCGUUCGCGUAGUAGGUCACGUUCACGUAGCAAGUCUGGAAGCAGAGCUGGCAGUGGCUCCCGCAGCCGAUCUCGCUCUGGUUCUCGGAGCAAGUCAGGAAGUCGUGCUAGUAGUAGAUCCCGUUCCCGUAGUAAGUCUGGAAGCAGAGCUGGCAGUGGCUCAAGAAGCCGAUCUCGAUCACGGAGUAAAUCGGGAAGUCGAGCAGGCAGUAGGUCCCGUAGUAGGUCUCGCAGUAAAUCAAGAAGUGGCUCAAGAAGUAGGUCAAGAUCGGGAAGUAGAGCUGCUAGUGGUUCUAGGUCUCGUUCUCGUAGUAAGUCGGGCAGUCGGUCUGGCAGUGGCUCGCCCGCAAAAAGGAAAUCAAAGAGCAGAUCCCGAUCAGGAAGUAGGUCACGCUCCAGAAGCAAGUCAGGAAGUGCAUCAAGGUCUAGAAGCAGGUCACGAUCAAAGUCUAGAAGCAGGUCACGAUCAAAGUCCAGAAGCAAGUCCGGCAGUCGGUCUCGAUCACGCUCCAGAGGCAAGUCUGGAAGCAGAUCCCGAUCCAGGAGCAAAUCUGGAAGCUCGCGCUCACGCUCACGAUCACGAUCACGAUCACGAUCAAGAGGAAAAUCUGGAAGCAGGUCGAGAUCAAGAAGCAAGUCUGGAAGUAGGUCCAGGUCAGGGUCAAGAGCCAAGUCAGGCAGCAGAUCAAGGUCACGAUCAAGAUCAAGAAGUAAAUCAGGAAGCCGGUCACGAUCAAGGAGCAGGGCAAGAAGUGGCAGCAGCCGUUCUAGAUCGAGAUCAGGAAGUGGGUCCGAUACAGGAUCCCCCAAAAAGCGCAGGAGGGUGCUAUCAGAUUCUGAUUCUGACUCAGGGUCUGAGAAAGGGAGGCGAAAGAAAGUCAAACGCAAGAGGAAGACGAGUGGCAGUGGGAGUGGCAGCGGAGCAGGAAGUGACUCUGACGACGAUGCUCCAAAAUCUAGCAAAAAGCCUAAAGCAAAGAAGAAGAAUGUGCUUAGUGGCAGUGACAGUGACUCAGGCCCAGAUGAUAAGAACGUUGCAAAGAAGGCUAAGGUGAAUGAAAACGAUGAAGGCGGCAGUAGAUCAGGGAGCCCAGCACCCAACAGAGAGCCAGAAAGUGAACAGAAUACUGAGCAGGCAUUGCCCCAGCUGUCAGACAGUGAAGAUGAAGCCAUUCGGAAUCAGCUGAGAAACCACGAGGAAGAGUUCGUCAAUGAUUUCGAAGCCAUGUUGGCCAAGAAGAAGGAAGAGGCAGGAAGGCACAGGAGAAGAAAGAAUAACGUAGACAUUAUUAACGACAAUGAGGAACACAUAGCCAUUAUUGUUCGGAAAAUGCGAGAAGCAGCUGAUGAGGACCGGCAGCUCAAUGCCAGGCGGCAACCAGCAACCAAAAAGUCUGCAAUGUUGGAUCUUGCCAUGAGCCAAAUCAAUAAAACGAACCUGAUUGAAGGCUUUUUAGAUGCCAAUGUGCUUUCAGCCCUGACAGACUGGUUGGCUCCUAUGCCUGACCGAUCCCUUCCUGCUGUGAAGAUCAGAGAGGCUGUCACUAAGUGGUUGCUAUCGUUACCACCUCUAUCACAAGAUAUGUUGAAGACUUCAGGCAUUGGGAAAGCCAUUAUGUAUCUGUAUAAGCACCCUAAAGAACUGAAGACAAUCAGGAGUCGGUGCGGAAGACUCAUAUCCAUGUGGUCACGCCCAAUAUUCAACGUCUCAGAUGAUUUCAAAU